CCACGUGACUCCGCGCUCACUUCCGUUGUGAUGAGAAUCCACUUCCGGCAACAUGGAGGCCGUGGUGAGCGAGACGGUGGCGCCCGAGGACCUGCAGAAAUUCGAGCAGAAGUUCAAUGCGGAGCUGGCGAAAGGCUCCGUCUCCAAGGAGACCAAGUUCGAGUACGCCUGGUGUCUCAUCCGUAGCAAGUACACGGACGACAUCAAGAAAGGCAUGAUGCUGCUGGAAGAACUUGUUCACAGGGGCACCAAGGAUGACCAGAGGGACUACCUCUUCUACCUGGCUGUGGCCAAUUACAGGCUAAAGGAGUACGAGAAAGGCCUCAAGUUCAUCCGCACCCUCCUGAAAAGUGAGCCGGGAAACACACAGGCAUUGGAACUCGAGAAGCUCAUUGACAGAGCGCUCAAGAAAGAUGGCUUGGUUGGCAUGGCGAUUGUUGGUGGAAUCGGUCUGGGCGUGGCCGGAUUGGCGGGCCUGAUCGGAUUGGCUGUGGCCAAAUCCAAGUCAUAAUAAGGAUGUGGGAGGAGCCCGGAUGUUUAACCCCGCCCUCAAGGGAUGACUUAUAGGCUGCAUUAAGUAUUUGCCCUGAUCAUACAGACAGAGCGGCGCAAGUCACAGGCUAGUUAUUAAUGUUUGACUUUCUUUUUAAUUUCUUCUCCCUCCAGGAAACUCGUCUGACAUUAAUUGGUCAUAUAAAAUGGGUUAAUAAUAAAUGACAGAUAAGCAGAGCAGGAAGUUGUCCUGCAUUUGGCAGGUGGGAAUUUACAGUGAGUUUUAUGGUUGAUUAAGGAAGUCUGUGAUGCCUGGUACCCGGAGUGACCUGCUGUUGACCUCGUUUUCACUCUGAUUUGCGCUCGUUCACCGCUGUCCCUUAAAGCGCAGCGCCCCUUGUUGUCCUUUGUGCCGGAGGGGGCUUGUCUCCGAUACAUCCUGGACACUAGUGAGCUCGUGGUGUCAGCAACCAUGAUUGAAAACCAUAGUACAGUGUGGUAUAGAUACACAACACUGAAUAUUCAGUAUACCGAAUACUCACAGCUUUGAGAUGAAGUCCAGUGCCAUAAGUACUUUUUA